AUGGAUGUUCAUAAUGCAUUUUUCCAUGGUGAUCUUGAGGAUGAAGUUUACAUGAAAUUACCCCAAGGUUAUUCUUCUCCUACCGAAACACGGGUGUGUCGUCUUCGCAAGUCUCUUUAUGGGUUAAAACAAGCUUCGCGAUGUUGGUUUGCUAAACUUGCAGAUGCUCUUCUUAAGUAUGGUUUUACACAGGCUCCAGCAGACUACUCCUUGUUUGUUUAUUUGAGAAAGGGCAUUUCUCUUCGGAUUCUGGUUUACGUUGAUGAUUUGAUCAUAUCUGGCAACUCACCAACGGAAAUCAAGAUUUUUAAGGAGUAUUUAUCUACAUGUUUCCAUAUGAAAGAUUUGGGGUUCCUUAAAUAUUUAUUGGGUUUGGAGGUUUCUCAAAAUUCUUCCGAUAUUUACCUCUGUCAACGGAAAUAUGCUUCUGAGAUUGUCAUGGAUGCGGGUCUUCUUGGCUGUAAACCUGGGGGUUCUCCUAUGGAACAAGACCAUACGUUGGGUCUCACUACUGGUCCUCUUCUCGAUGAUCCCGCAUGUUAUCGACGUCUUGUUGGGCGUCUCCUCUAUUUGCUUGCUACACGGCCUGAUUUAACAUAUGCGGUAAAUAUUCUUUCUCGGUUUAUGAAGUCCCCGCGCGAAGAACAAUGGCUUGCUGCUUUACAAGUAGUUCGCUAUCUGAAAGGCACUCUUGGACAGGGCAUUUUACUUCGGGCUGACUCUCCUCCUCAUUUGACUGGGUGGUGUGAUUCUGAUUGGUCACAAUGUCGUUGUCUCGACGAUCUUUAUCUGGUUGGAUUGUUCAACUUGGAACUUCUCCCAUCUCUUGGCGGGCUAACAAACAGGAUGUGGUUUCUAUGUCUUCUGCUGAAGCAGAAUAUCGCGCAAUGGGUGAAGUCACUAAAGAAUUGA